AUGCCACCACAUCCGAAGUUCAACGCAUCUGGAACCAACGGAAAUAUUCGUUCUGAUACACACCAGCCACAUAUACACGGGCAGGCGAUGCGAGUGCAGACUGCAAGAUUCACGCGUGGUGAUGUUCCCUUGGAAACAAUGGGAGCGAACCUGGAUAAGUCUUCACGGCCAAUCGUGACAGCAACCAGGUUGAACCAGCAAGUACCUUGCUUAUCUGAUGGGCCACGUAUCACGUAUGGCUGCUUGAAGAAUAUGAAUUUUGGUGUUGGCAAACCUGGUUGUGCCUUGUCUACGGCAGAACUUCUCACGCGAAGGGAGGUGGCAAAACUUGGCAGAACUCCAGACUCACGGGGAUGA